ACUUGCAAAAGGAUUUGUGUUGAUCAAUUAACCUCUUACCCAAGGAAAAGCAGCUGACCCAUCACCCAAGAAAGAGUGAGGAGCAAGAAGCCGAUCCCUACAAAUCCAAAGCAUCCAAAACCCGAUAUCCAAAUCCCAAAUCCUUUUCCCGUGAAAGCUCGACUUUUGAAAGCGCAAAAGCGCUUUUGGCAACAAUGGGCAUAAUGGGAAGCAGCUUCUCGUUUAUAUUGGGCUCAGUGUUCGGCAUCUACGUUGCCCAAAACUACAACGUCCCCAACAUCCAGAAGCUCUCCACCACGGGCCUCUUGAUCGCCAAGCACAUCGAAGAGACUUACCGGAAGCCUAAGAAGAGGGACGACGAGAACCAGAACCAGUAGAUCUCGCCGUACGACAUCGUUCCGAAACAGGUUCUUUUCUCGUCGUGGAGAGUGAAGCGCAUCUUUAUUUCGUUGGGAAUAUGUAUGUAUUAUUUUUCAUUUUUUAGUGUUGGGUUUUGAUGGAAAUCUGAGCCUUUUGCUUUUGGUCCCAGUAAUGGAUGCAAUUUCUGUUGUGAAUGUAGUUCUUUUCUCCGUUUGGUUGCUGAGAAAGUGUAGGAAUUGAAAGGAAAUUUUUGGGAUUUUGUUCAAUUGGCUAUUCAAUUUGGAAAUUUGUUCAAUGUGCAUAGCUGCCUUCCUAGUUCUUAAUGCUAAUGUCUGUUCAAUGAUUGGAUUC